GGAAUGAUUUAAUAUUUGAAAUGUAUAUAUAUUGUUAAACUGUAGUCCUUGAUUAUUUUUCAGUACAAUCUAUAAUUGAUCAAAUGGAGCUGGGUCAUAAAACAAGUACAAUUAACAAUUCUUCAAUCAAUAGUGUAUCAGUUCAUGUUAUAAGUGAAGAAAGGAGAGAAAGGAUAAGAUUGUGUAACGUUGGAGGUUCUUUACACCCUUGUAAGACGGACCUAAUGAAACGUAAUUCAUUCCCAUGCACCUUGAGGAGACAUCGUCUGGCGAACACAUGUCCCCGUCGGAUUUUAUCCAUUAAGAAAAAGUCGUGCCCUUCGUCGCACGACAUUGGCCGUCGUCGAACAUUGAAACCCGAACUCGCUAAUUCUACUUCGCUCCAGAUGCUGGCCUAAAGGG